AUAACGAUGCAAGAAUUAUAACAAGCACCGACCUGUCCUCAGUCGUUUAAAAUGGGCACAACCAUAUCGAUACCGAGGUAUUAUUGACAAACAAUUAAGAUGCAUCCAUAGUAUUUAAUUUAAUGCGAAGGACAGCUAGCGUGCAGUUAUAUGCAAAAUAUGGCCUUUGGGCCUAGCUAACAUUACGAAAGCGACAAAACCUUUUAUGAUAAAACAUUGAAUAUUCAAUCGAGCACACGGCUAUUUUUCUAUUCAGGUAGCAAUUUGUCAUGCAGAGAAGGUUCCAGCUGCUGUCAAUUAUUUGCAGAGCUUCAAUUAUAUUCGCUCUCCAUCCAAAACCUGCUGCGGGCUAAUGCCUUAUUUAGAAAAAAAAGGCGUAGCUCACUCAUGAAUAUAACACAAGUAUAUUAGCAUAAGCUGGCGCUGCCGUCAACUAAAAUCAGUCCCUCGACUAGGCGCUGCCUCGAGUCAGUUUGAACCAUUAACUCAAGAUCUCAACCAUGAUGAACAAGAUCAUAUUUGUCGGUGCUACCCUCGCCAUUUUCGCGUUGCCUGGUGGUAAGUAAUCUCAAGGUUUUAUAUUUUAGUUCAUUUUUACUUUCACCUUUUAAACAUUGAGCAUUUUUUAUGAAAAAGCCCGAGCGGUUUCUUGAGCGCAAAAUUGCAAAAUAGGGGCGCAAUUUGGAAUGUUAGAUCAGUUCAAAGUUUACUUUCCUUCUUUGUGUCUUUCCGAUUGAAAUACCUCCAUAUUUUCUUAUUUUUCCUUCUCUAGUCCUUUUACUCAAGAAUUUCUGACGAUUCCUCAACACAAAACGAAAGUUUAGCCGUUUGAAUCUCAGUCAUGCAUAGAGGCUGCGUCACACUUGAAACUUCUGCUCGGCUUGGUUUUAUGAUAACUUUGCUUCUACGGCAAAGAAGGCAUUGAUAUUUAGUUCUCUUACUUUACUCAGAACUUUUCGUCUGGGGAACUUUGAAAUUCGGCGUUAAAUUGCAAUCACUGAGUAGCGGACAUCACCAAAUUCAUGGCUAGAAGUCUGUCGUUUGAACGAAUGAUUUCGUGCGAAUGAACCGAUCGGAAUCGGUUAUCUCCAGCUCUCGUUCGUUAACUACUAAUGCACACCUUGACAUAGAUUCAUUUCCUACUCUCUGCAAAACAGAGCAUUUGGCACAGACCACGCGGGUGUGUUUCGCUUGUAUGAAUAACUCUCUUAAAGAAAUUUAUUCCAUGAGUCUGCGGCGUUUUUACAUAACAUAACAGCAUAACAUGCUGACAUGAAUAUACACUAACCUAUAGUGGGAAACAGUCGCAAGCUAGUUUUCAGGUAUCACACAGAUAAUAAUUUCGGUGUAAUAUACUUAGCCGUAAGUCUAUGUGUUGGUCUUCGGCAGCUCUAAGAUUUCAGUUCCUCUCAGUUUGUAUUUAUUAUUUCUGAGUUGGAGCAGCUCUUUAAUGCAUUUAGGCGUGUGUUAUACAGAAAUUUCUCGACUGUUUCCGUCGGCUAUUUUCUCGUUACCCUUCGAUGAUCAGUUUAAAACCGCUCAUGGGCACAAAUAGUUACUCGCACCUUUCUGUGGGCAAGCCUGGUUGGUUCCACUCACGCGAUAUUUUUAAUGGAUGAAAGUCCUAACAAACCUGAAAACUCUGAGCUAGCGAUUGUUUUCAGAGAGUUGUGGCACAAUGAACUUAUACCAAGAUUGUCUUCGGUCUAUUUUUAAUUAAGAAAUAUCAUUUCUCACGGUAACUUACCGUCGUGAUAUUGGCGUGGAUUUUCCAAUAGGAAUUCGAAUGCUGUUUUUAAUGACAGCUUUAUCCUUUUGUUCCUUGGUUCUGGUCUGUUUCCCUCAUUUACACCCACUGACUUAGCUCUCAAAAUUCGCGUGCGCUCGUUGGUCGAGAACCAUCGUCCUUAAGGCUAUCGACGAUUAAUAUGACGCAACGCCAAGCGACCCUCGCCAUGUCGGAGGAAAAAUUUUUUUCGUUGAAAAGACUGCAAGUUUCUGAAAUGCAGACAGUGACGAAUUACCGAAAUUUAAAAUCGAUAUACUCGAUGCCAACCUGAUUUACUCAUAAAUUUUUCACACCUGUUUUCUAGGAUAAUUUAUCAAAAUUGAGAGAAGAGGCGACAGAUCUUAUAAUUUAUAGGGAUCAAAGGGUUUCACUGAGACUGUGAAAUGCUUAUUAAUUUAUCUUAUUUUGCGCAUGAGAAGACCUUGAAGAAACGACCUUGCUUUGAAAAGAAAGGAAUUUAAGGGCUUAGAAAAUCUAUUCUAACCAGUUUUGCGAUUAACUGGUAGUCCUCAACUGAAUCAUAACUUAUAAUUUUUUCCUUCUUUUAGCAUUUGGGUUAAUGUGUUACGACUGCACAGCCAUGGCGCCCUAUAACGAUUCAAAUAACCUAUGCAUGAUGAGUAAUAAUUACACGCCAAAAAACUGCACUGGAGCACCAAACUGUACCACAGUUAUGAUCAUGGUGAACAAUGAAGUAAAGGCUUAUUCCGCUGGAUGUGUUGUAAGUACAAAAUAAUGUGUCAUGAAUUGUUGGGGUACUUUUAAAUCGAUCUUUUCAGCUCCUUCCAUUCAUUAACCUAUUUCCACCCGUUAGCUUCUACUCGUGAAUAUUGUUGCUUUUACAUAACGGAAUAACUUUAAGUCUAAACAGCCUCUGAAUAGAAGUUUUACCGGUAAAAACGGGUGAUUGAUCUCCAAAUGUGUUAAAGGUACGUCGUAAAUAUCUUAUAAGAAAAAUUAUUAUUUAAACAAGAAACAAAAAUAUACAUGCGAGGCGUCAUCGCUAAAAAAAAUUACACAAUUGUAAAUGUUGAAAGACAGUGCAUAGCAGAUCAAAGGGCUUUUUACUUAUUGGAUCUUGUGUGUUAAAACACUUCAUUUCGUUUCUCUCCUCAGCCUGCUGAUUCAAACUGUACCUUCUACAAUGAGACCGUAUGCAAUGAGGUUAUAGAGAGGGGCAAGGACUACAAUUUGACUCUUACCUGUUCAGUAGAAUGCUGUCAAGGAAACCAUUGUAAUAUGCCGGAUCUUCCCACGACACCACCACCAUCCACGACCAAACCAAGUGGAAAUCACAGCGCGACAGAAGCUCCCUCCGCUGGAGUUGAGUUCCUUGCACCUAAGGUCAUCGCUUUGUUAGCCGCCUACCUUUCAGCCCUAUACUUUGGAAAGCAAUAAAGUCUUGAGGUCACUUUAGGCAACAACUUUCCGAGAAACAGCAGCUUCACAAACUGCUUCUAAAAGUUUAAAGCACAUUUUUCAUUUCUUUUAGCCGUGCAUGAAGUUUCUUUGAAUCUGUUCGUGAUGUGCAUGUUUUUACUGCUUAUAUUAGACGAUGGGAAUGAAUGAGUGUGAACGUCUCUUUUGAAUUUAAUAUUAAUAUCAAUACUUUCGGAUAUCAUUGGCACAUUGUAUAAUCAAUGAAAAUUUUUAACUUUAGGCUUCAUAGCUUAGCGCCUAAUAAGUGUUUUUAAUUUUUUAUUCUUAAAUUAUUGUUUUCGGAUGGAAAUAUAAAACAAAUGGUUGUAAACAUUUCCUUCAAGACAAUAAAGCACGUUGUUUCGUUGCAUUCAUUUUGGAGUGGCAGUUUUUUUCGGUGAUAUACGGGAGCCUCAUUGUUAAGAAAACAGUUCAUGGUAACUGAACAUUUAUAUUUCUAUCUGUGACCGAUUUGAACCUCUCGUUUGGUAACUUCUCAAAAUUCAUGGCUUACGCUGAACCUAAUAUUGCCCUUAGUAUCAUCACGCAUA